GCGGGUUUCCGUCAGCGCUUGCGCCCGUGCGUCUCACAGAACGAGAACAGGGUUACUUCAAGCGUCUCUGUGACUUCCUAGUGCGUUGGUUGCUGCGGGUUAUCGCUGACGAAUCACGGUGCCUCUCUGGGGCUGUGGCUGAGCUCGUGCGCGUGGCGCGUUCGCCUCGCUUUGAACCUAAAAGGGCUUCCGUACGAAUACAGAGCGGUUAAUCUUGCUAAGGGAGAGCAGUUUACCGCAGAUGGAACAUAUGUACUUGGAAGCCGCCCCAACUCUUGCAAGUUGAUAGCUUUGCUCUAGGAUUGCCAAAAAAUUUCUGUACUUGGGCGCGAAAAAGUGUUAUGGCUUGGUGGGAAGGUGUCAAUGAAACUCGUCUUCUCAUUGCCCAAGAUCCUGGGGCUUUUGGAAAUGGUGUUGGAUGCAUACUGUCACUCUGUCAUCCCAAAUCUGGAAACACAUCAUGCUAUCUCUUCAUAAAUGAGGUUCUUCAAGAACUUCACUGGUUUAAGCAAUCUUAUCAAUCUAGGUUUAUGGGAGAUUAUGUUUGUGAAGAUGGGUGCUUGUAUACUGCAACUCCAGUUGAUCCUGUUUUCAUCCUGUUGCCCAUUUUUGAGGAGGCUCGAAUGAAGAAAGCAGGAGAUCCAGGAAAGUUCAGGCAAUUGGAUGAGAUAGUCUUUGUUACUGGCUACCCUGGAUAUCGGCAUUUAUUGUCCAUUGCAGAAACAUCAAUGCAAUUAGUCUGUGAAAUCAAAGAGAUUGGUUCUGUAAAGUUUUUUAGGCUUGAUGACACAAAAGUGCUGGCUUGGUUGUACUGCAAGGUUCAACAAUUAAAACAGACUCUAUCUGCACUAGACAAAAAUUAUGCUGCUCAAGAUGAGAGAGACACAUUGGCUGAUGCAGUCUCAAUAUUGGGGGAGUACCUGAAGGAUGAGCCUUGGUUGAAGCUCUUGUGCAAUUAUUUGAAAUUAAACAUACCAGACGCAGCCGUCAAAGCAGUGGAUAUGGAACUCCUUCCUGCAUCAGUUGGAAGUAGUCUUAGCUCAUCAACUUCCGUACAGGGAAAGAGUAGGUGUGACAAAGGAAGUACAAAGAGUGGAAAGCAGGCUAAAAAGGUGAAAAUGGGGACUGAUUCGAGGAACAUCAAAGAAAUGUUUUCUAGAGCUUCAAGAAAAAGAAGCUGAACCAGUUUGAUUUGAACGGUUGAUAAAUUUUGGUUACCUUAUCUGUACCGACACUCUUCAUUUUAUGUAUUUAACCUUGCAUUAGGGAACAUGGAUGUAGGAAUUUGGAUUUGUAUGCGUGGAUUUGGAUAAAAUAAUGUAGUACAAAAUUGUACUUUUUCAAAA